AUGACAACUCCCUCCUACAGGCUUCUGCCUCUACAACCUCACUUGCAAGCCCUGCAGCAGGAUGCCACUACUGAAGUUCUCACUCUGUUCCCUGUGGAGAAGAGGAAGGGUCUCAUGAGCUAUGGCCUACCAGAGUCGUGUGGAAAAUUGUGCGAGGCUCUGCUACAGAAUGUGGCUUCUGACCUCGAGUCCUGGGCCAUGACCUUUGGCAUGGCCGUCAAGGAUCUCCGGAGGCCUGAAAUCAGCCCCCAGGCCUUUCGACUCGAAAAGGACAACACCUCUUCACUACUCAAGGGCUACACGGCGAUAGUCGUGGCCCUCGGAAACACAAAGUACGACGUCGAGCUCAUAUCCGGCGACAAAAAGUCUUCGCAGAAGGAGACGUGGGACCCAGCCUUCGCCCUCCAUGUCCACGAGACUGGCCUUAGAGCCAUUGUAGGGAAUCUCCGGUUCCUCUACAUCCCCCUCCACCUGGAACCGAUCUCGUGCCUGUGA